UUUGACAAAAUGUAGAAACGAGGCAGUCAAUGUCUUGUUUGCUCCCAUCCUUUGAAACUCCUAACUACCUCCAUAAAGUCCUCCCAAUUUACUGACUCUACCUUUGUCAAGCACCAUUACUAUCCCCCCCACCCCAAACAACAUACACAUGUACACGUUGUCCAGCACUAUAGCUUCAUCUUCUUCUUCCUCUUUCUUUCUCUCACAGAAUUUUCAAAGCAUCAGUAUGAGUAAUUUUGGCUGACCCAUUUCAUUUCACUCCACUCUUUGUUGUUCUGGGCUUGGGAAAGAGCUGUGAUGGAAUUGAAACUUAUACCUCUACAAUUUUGCUUGGUUUUGAUUGCUUUUGUUGUGCUCCAGUUUGUGGCCUCUGAAACUAUAUCUAAUGACACGGGUCAUGGUACUGUGGUAGCUUCCAAGAACGAAAGCAGUAAAGGAUGGUGCCGUUCUGGCUGGGAUAUCAGUCCAAGUAAGAAUAAGUGCUUGAAAUACAUAGAAAAGACCUUGUCAUGGGAUGAGUCAGAGGUGCUUUGUGGUAGCUACGGUGGACACUUGGCAGCACUAACAUCAUCUCAAGAACUAAGCUUUGGCAAACAGCUGUGUGGCCAAAUUGUUAAUGGCUGUUGGGUUGGAGGAAGAGUUGUCAAUUCCAGUGUUGGUUUUGGUUGGAAGUGGUCUGAUAAUACAUCAUACUGGAAUGUUUCAAUAUUUUCUGGAGCAUCUUUUGAUUCACACUGUACCAGUUUGUCCUGCCACAAUAUUACAACCGAUUUUUGUACCAUGGUGAAUAAUGGAAGCAUAUAUCUUGUGGAAGAGCAAUGCAAAAAGCCUCAUGCCUUUAUUUGCAUGCUUGAUGUCGAGAACAAAUGUUACCACAUGCACUGCCAUAGGGAAUAUCUUAUUAUCCUUGCUGUCGUAAGUGGGUUGAUUCUCUUCACAACACUAGUUGUUGUGGUUUGGCUCCUUGCAUAUAGGCGGAGCAGGAAGCGGAGAAAGUCGCGCAAAUUAUCUAAUCCAGCAGCUUCUGCUUUAGUUCCACCUUCAUGGAAAGUCUUCACCAAUGAGGAAUUGAGGUCAAUAACAAAGAAUUUUAGCGAAGGAAAUCGUCUUCUUGGUGAUGCAAAAACAGGAGGCACAUAUAGUGGGCUUCUCCCUGAUGGAUCAAGGGUUGCAGUUAAGAGGUUGAAGAGAUCCAGUUUUCAAAGGAAGAAGGAGUUCUAUUCUGAGAUCGGAAGGGUUGCGAGGCUUCACCAUCCAAAUUUGGUGGCUAUUAAAGGAUGUUGCUAUGAUCAUGGUGACCGCUACAUUGUUUAUGAAUUUAUAGUUAAUGGGCCCUUAGAUAGAUGGCUGCACCACAUCCCAAGGGGAGGUAGGAGCUUGGAUUGGGCUAUGAGAAUGAAAAUAGCUACCACACUUGCCCAAGGGAUUGCGUUCUUGCAUGACAAGGUUAAGCCACAUGUUGUGCAUAGGGAUAUCCGUGCCAGUAAUGUCCUUCUUGAUGAAGAGUUUGGAGCACAUUUAAUGGGAGUUGGUCUCUCAAAGUUUGUACCAUGGGAAGUGAUGCAUGAGAGAACUGUGAUGGCUGGCGGUACAUAUGGGUACCUUGCUCCAGAAUUUGUGUAUAGAAAUGAGCUUACAACAAAAAGCGAUGUUUACAGCUUUGGAGUGCUGCUGUUAGAAAUAGUCACUGGGCGUAGGCCUGCACAAGCGGUUGAUUCAGUUGGUUGGCAAAGUAUAUUUGAGUGGGCAACACCUUUGGUGCAGGCUCAUCGCUACCCUGAGCUCUUGGAUCCUUUUAUAUCUUCAUCUUCUUCAGAAAUUCCGGAAGCUGGUGUGAUUCAGAAGGUAGUGGACCUUGUAUAUGCUUGCACGCAGCAUGUGCCCUCCAUGCGUCCGAGAAUGUCUCAUGUUGUUCAUCAGCUACAGCAAUUGGCUCAGUCAUCCAUUUUAAAGUGAGAACUGAACUGGAGCCCUGGGAUUUCCUGUCUAACUACAUGUCAUCUAUGCCUUCUUUUUUCUUUCUACCUAGAUCGUUCGAGGUAUUGAGAAAACUCGAAAAUUCUUGAGGUAACUGUAGAAUAAUGAGAAGCAAAAGGUUAGAACUGACAUAGAUUCUAGCGAGACAUGACACACAUUUGUUGGCUUAAAUGUUAUUGUAGAAUGACCAUUUUGUUUACAUGAAGGAUGUAUCGUCUUUGUAGAUUCUGUACA